AUGACAUUCGUCAUCGGACAGGUUUUUGACGUGUUUCGCGAUUCCCCUCUCAUUCCAAAUCCACCAACGUGGCUUUGCCGCACUUCAACUCGUCGGGCUUGCCAUUGCUUCGUUUGGAUUCAGCAGCGUCAGAUCAUCCUUGUUGGAUAUGGACCGGGGAGAUGA